AUGACACCAGUGAUGCUGGCAGCACGCGGGGGACAUUUGGAUGUGUUUCUCUUACUUGUAACACAUGGAUGUGUUUUGUCACCUGUUGCUGUGGACGGCAACAACAUUCUUCAUAUGGCCUGUUAUGGUGGAAAUAUUGCGAUAGUUAAACAUAUCGUGUCACUUGACAUCGUGGAUAUCAGCAGUAGAGGACAGAAUGGGAGGACAUGCGUGAUGACACUGGCAAACCUUGGACACAAUGACGGGUUUACAUUUGUUGUUGAAAAUGGAGGUGACGUGUCUCUGGCAGAUGAAGCUGGGGACAACAUCCUUCAUAUAGCCUGUAAGGGAGGUCAUGUGGAAACGGUGACUUAUAUCCUCUCACAGAGCAUUGUGGAUGUCAACAGCAGAGGAAAAGACGGAGAAACAACAUUGAUGAUGGCAGCACGGUUGGGGUACAGAGAAGUGUUUGACGAAUGUGUGUGUGUUGGAGGCAAUAUGUACAGCGUCGAUACAGGUGGAUACAAUAUCCUACAUAAAGCCUGUCUUGGGGGACAUGUGGAGAUGGUGAAGUAUGUCCUCUCGCUGAACAUUGUGGACGUGAACAGUAGAGGACACUUUGGUAGGACACCAUUAAUGCUGGCAGCGUACAUUGGGCAAAAGGAAGUAUUGGACGUAGUACUCAGUAAAGGUGGUGAUGCUUCACUUGUGGACAUACAUGGGGACACCAUCCUGCAUCUGGCCUGUCUUGGGGGAAAUCUGGAGAUAGUGAAGUAUGUCCUCUCACAGAACAUUGUGGACGUGAACAGUAGAGGACAGUACAAUAGGACACCGUUAAUGAUGGCAGCGCGCAGGGGGCACGGAGAAGUGUUUUACCUAGUAUUGCACAAAGGAGGUGAUGCUUCGCUUGUGGAUAAAUAUGGGGACAGCAUCCUGCAUCUGGCCUGUCUUGGGGGAAAUCUGGAGAUAGUGAAGUAUGACCUCUCACAGAAGAUUUUUUACGUGAACAGUAGAGGACAGUACGAUAGGACACCGUUAAUGAUGGCAGCGCGCAUGGGGUACGGAGAAGUGUUUUACCUAGUAUUGAACAUAGGAGGUGAUGCUUCGCUUGUGGAUAAAUAUGGGGACAGCAUCCUGCAUCUGGCCUGUCUUGGGGGAAAUCUGGAGAUAGUGAAGUAUGUCCUCUCACAGAACAUUGUGGACGUGAACAGUAGAGGACAGUACAAUAGGACACCGUUAAUGGUGGCAGCGUACAUGGGACAUACAGAAGUAUUGCAGUUACUAUUUCACGAAGGAGGUGACGCUUCACUUGAGGACAGAAAUGGUGACAACAUGUUGCACCUGGCCUGUCUUAGAGGGCAUGUGGACAUAGUGAAGUAUGUUCUUUCUGGUACUCUUGUAGAUAUUAACGCCAGGAACAAGGACGGGGCUACAGCAGCGACCAUUGCCAAGAAAAACACACACAUGGACAUCUACGAUCUCCUUAUUAACUACAAGGACUGA